UUCCCUGGGUCGGUUUCAAGGCUGCCCGUCUAACGUCAAAGUUGCACUUUAAGAAACUUCAAAAAUACGCAACGCGCAAAGACUCGCGCAACUUAAACGCCAGAAAGCUGAGAUAUAUUCACUAAAAACGGAAAAUGAGUGUUGAAUACGUGUUUUCGCACGUAUAUACGUCGAAUUGACGAUAAAAAUAAAAAAAUAAAAAACACCAGAAACUUUUUUAAAUGUCCACACAAAAUUUUUCCCCAAACACAAGAUAACUAAAAGACUUUACAGUUGAGGUGAUAGUUUGUAAAAAGCUUCAUAUCCUGCAUUGUGGCUUUAAGAAUGGGGCUUCCUUGAAACCGUCGAGUUCCAUGUUAGCAUGGUCAAAUUGAUGAACUUGUACAACGUACCAACUUUUAGAAAUAAGUUUUUUAGACACUUAACCUUUGCAUUUGAGCGAAGUUUCGACCAACAGGGUUUGUUUCGUGCGCUUUUCUGUUGUUUAGAGCGUUUCUUCGUUUUUACAUUCAGUAUGCACGUUUGCAAACAGGGAGUGGCAAAAUAUAUAUAUGUUUUGCCAUAACUCCUCAUACUCAUCUCAAUACAUAAAUAACGUCCUUGUCUGUGAGAGACGGAUCUAAUGGACUACCCGCCGUCGAUAAUCACGCAAGUAGCCAGAGAGGAGGAGGAAAAUGCGACUUGCCGCGAGGAAGGUGCCAACGAAGUUUCGCCCUCAAAGAAGCCUCGCAGCAGAGGCCUUUUCCACAGUCUCUUCUGCUGUCUAUGUCACAAAGAAACAGAGCCACUUCCAUUAAAAAACAAUGUCCCCUUAUUGGUAGAAGAAAAUGGGACUCUGUCAAAAGUUCCAUCAAAACCACUCCUCCCACUGGUGAAAUCGAAUGAUGCAGGGAAGAUCUGUGUGGUCAUUGAUUUGGAUGAAACACUAGUGCAUAGUUCAUUCAAGCCAGUGAACAAUGCUGAUUUUAUCAUUCCAGUGGAAAUUGAUGGAACAGUUCACCAGGUGUAUGUGUUAAAGAGACCCCACGUUGACGAAUUCCUCAAGAGGAUGGGAGAAUUGUUCGAGUGUGUUUUGUUCACUGCAAGCUUAGCCAAGUACGCAGAUCCGGUGUCUGACCUGUUGGACAAAUGGGGGGCUUUCCGGAGCCGUCUGUUCCGGGAGUCCUGUGUUUUCCACAAAGGGAACUAUGUAAAAGACCUGAGCCGUUUAGGGAGAGACCUGAACAAGGUCAUCAUCAUUGACAACUCCCCAGCCUCCUACAUCUUCCAUCCUGACAAUGCAGUUCCUGUAGCAUCCUGGUUUGACGACAUGUCAGACACCGAGCUCCUUGAUCUUAUCCCCUUCUUUGAGAGACUAAGCAAAGUGGAUGACAUCUAUGAUAUUCUCAAGCAGCAGAGGACUUCAAGUUAACAGAGGCAGGGCACUAGGAUGAAAAUAAUCACCAGUAGCUGUCAUCACGGGGCCACGGAGGCUGGUGGGCCACAGGCUUCACAUUGCUUCCCACUACAAGGACCAUACUGCAAAAAAAAAUGCCAUUUGUCAUUUGAUCUCAUAUUCUUAUGGUGUAUUGCAUAAAAUAGUGAACUCAAUCUUCUAGCUCGGUUUGGUACUUCAGCAUUGACAGUUACCUAAUCCCAGUGACAGAUAUCCUUUCUUUUUAGUAUUUCUAGAGAAAGACUUAAUAUGAGAUUAAAUGACUUCUUUAGAUACCUUUUGCAGUGCAGCUAAAGUGUAGUUUUUGUUGUCGUUAUGGGACAGCAUUGACCUAUGUAGGUGUGCUGUAAACCUAGAUUGUGUGAACAAAUGUUCAGUGCCAUUCUACAAGUGAACCACAUCGAUCAUUUUCAUGUCAGUGCAAUGUAGCGUGUGUAAUAUCAUUGAAGAUGAUCCCAUCAAUCUCAUUACACAGCAUUCAUUUUUUUUAUUUUACCAAAUGGCCAGAUGUGUAUGUAGGAAGAGUCAAUUGUUAACUGGAGAAUUUUGGUUUAAUCAUUUCUUAAAAUACUUUGCGACAUAUAUCACUACAAAAUGCAUAUUUUGACAUGAUAUAAAGACUGUGCACUUACUGUAUGUCUUUGGAAAGCUGCGAACAAACUGUUUUUGGUAGGAAUUUGGCUCCAAAUAUAUAGCGUGUGCUUUAGCUUUUUGCAUUUAGAUUGAAAAGAAACCGGGACAGUAAUCAUGAGAAACCGUAUCCAGUCGUCCCCUGCUGUGGAUUGAUUGUAGUCCUUAUUCACUACAUUACUGAUGAUUGAUAAGGUUUAAUCACUAUAUGCUAAUAUUACCAAAAUCUAAUCAUGAUUGCAUAAUAACCCUUUUAGAUGUGUCUUAUGCCCAAAGCACCACAAUCUUCAGCACAAUAUAAGACUUCUAAAUUAUAAAACCAGAAUUGAUUGGCCAGUUAGGGAUGACCAUUUAGAAAACAGGCAGACUGCACACUGAUCGGACCUUUAAUACACAGAGAUGUACCACAGCAGAUGGUGAGAUUAUUUUUGUACAUACAAUAUAUCAGGAUUUGAGGCAGUCAUUUUGAUGUGCUUUUAAUGUUAUUUUAUCUUUUGAGUUUUUAGUUGAAUUGGCCACCACAGUGUGCCGCCCAUCCAUAAUGCAAUACUGUUAAUGUGUACAGGAGGAGGCUGUAACCUGCUAAGGCGUCUUAGAUAAGUUUGACGUUUGAUUUGAAAGCACACUUCGAUGCUUCCUGUCUGUAAACUUGAAUUCGAGCUUAUUUGUGUAAGACAUUAAUGGAGUCAAGUGUCCUGCCUUAUCGAUCUGUAUAUUCAGUUUCAUAGGGGAACCUUGUGCCACACAUGUUCUAGCACUGAUUUACUUUGCCUCAGUAUGGAGCGAGCGUGUAUAUUUGUAUGUGUUUGUGUGGUUUUCGGUGCGAUUGCAACAGUGUGAGUAUUUACAUUAGUUUGACGAUGCUUUGACAAUACAUAAAAACAUAACCUGUCUUGGAAUAAUGAUUUACUUUUUUAUUGUAUGCAACCAGAGUAUUAAUGUUGUGAAUCAAGUAAAGAAACUGGUAAAGUGAGUUUUUAAAUUGCUGCUGAUAAAUGGAUAAGAUUGAAAAAAAGACAACGAGAUGUUUCUACCUUGCAUCAAUAAAGCAUGUUUUAUUGAAACAGGUCA